CCCUCCCGCUUUUGGUGCAGGAGUGCAAUUUCCUAAUGGGUCGUCUCCAUCAUCGAAAUCCAAUUGCUCCUACUUGUGCGGCUCUACAGCCUCAGCCACCAUUCCAGUUCCGACGGUAAGUGAAAACAGAGGAUGUUAGAACAUCAUAAAGAUACUGGUGCCGCCGGCAGUGGAUCUCGGAAGACCUACCAACGUUCCGUUUCAUGGUCAGCCGCCGACCGAUCUCCCUCUAACCCUAGUUCUAGUUUUACUUCUAACCAUCCCAGGCCCCAACAGAAGCCAUUCAGCUUCAAGUCCCGGUCCUCCCUCCCUCCCUUGCAACCCCUUUGCAUCUCUCGCCGCCCUGUCGAAGAGUGGCCCAGGCCCGGCUCCGACGACCUCGGCGAAUGGCCUCAGCCCCCUACUCCUAGCGCCACCCAUGGCCGUCCAUCACCAUUAUCCAUCAAACCCCUUGAUGGCUUCGAUUCCCCCAAGGAUUUCCAGCUCUGCAAGGACAGGCUUGCCUUCUUCGACAAGGAAUGCUCCAGGAUCACCGACCAUAUCUACUUGGGAAGCGAUGCUGUCGCCAGAAGCCGUGAGAUUCUCCGUCAGAAUGGUAUCACUCACGUCCUCAACUGUGUUGGGUUUGUGUGUCCCGAGUACUUCAAGAACGAUCUUGUUUACAAGACCUUGUGGCUACAUGACAGCCCCUCCGAGGACAUCACUAGUAUCCUCUACGACGUCUUCGAUUACUUCGAAGAUGUGCGCGAGCAUGGAGGGCGUGUCCUUGUCCACUGCUGCAAGGGGGUUUCUCGCUCCACCGCCUUGGUUAUCGCCUACCUCAUGUGGAGAAACGGCCAGAGCUUCGAAGAUGCGUUCCAAUACGUGAAGGCUGCUCGCGGUGUCACUAACCCAAACAUGGGCUUCGCUUGCCAGCUUCUGCAGUGCCAGAAGAGGGUUCACGCAGUGCCGGCGAGCCCCAAUUCCGUGCUUACGAUGUACCGGAUGGCCCCUCACUCCCCCUACGAUCCCCUUCACCUGGUUCCCAAAAUGCUGAAUCGUCCUGGCCCGCUCAGCCUCGAUUCUCGUGGGACUUUCAUUGUUCACUUACCUUCGGCUAUAUAUAUCUGGGUCGGAAAGAAUUGCACCCAGGUGAUGUUGAAUCACGCCAAGGCGGCUGCCUCUCAGGUCGUGCGUUACGAGAGAGCUCAAGGAAACAUUCAAAGCAUCGACGAGGGCGAAGAGCCUUCGGAGUUCUGGGAUGCCCUCGCUAAUGGCCCUCUCCUUGCCGACGAGUUUGAUAGAGCGGGGAAGGUCAAGGAAGUAGAAGGAAAGGAUCAGGUUGCAGCGGCUAUCAGCCUUGGGAUCGGUAACAAGAAAGUGGAUGAAUACGAUGUUGACUACGAAAUUUUCCUUAAGGCUCUUUCCGGUGGUGUGGUUCCGCCCUUUCCUUUCCCGGUGGCGGGAUCAGAGACUCGUCUUCCUGCUAGAGAAAGUGGUUGGAGCAGACUCAGAAGAAAAAUUUCUUGUGGUGUAGUGAAAGAACUAGUGACAUCAUCCAAGUCUUUGUUGACAUCUGACAAGGCUCAUAUCGGUGACAAACCAGAUACGAUUGUCAUGGAUUCAUGUAACAACGAUACGGAAGAACACCCUCGCUCUCCCACUGAUUCUUGGUUGUCACCAUCCCCUCCAUGUGGUUCCCCGGAUUCCUUCUCCUGUUAUUCCAAUACAAGCCCAACGUACAAUUUCAAAUCUCCUUUACCUUCGCCAUCAGAUUCUUCUAGUUUGUUUACAUUUUCGCCUGCAUCUUCUCAUCUUUCCGACCUGUCAUUCUCGUCUUCUCAGCCCUCACCUACAUCUUCAGAAUUUACAGAGGUAAUUGCUUAUAAGGGCCCGUCCCAAGUGGAGAAGACUUGUUUGCCAUGUACAGGGACUUUCUCGUCUCUUGCAGAGCCGUUUGCUGCUGCAAAUGCUUUGAGAGUGGAGAAUGCCUGUGUGCCAUGUAAGGGGUCUUCUCCCUCUCUUGCAGCACGAAGAGGAAGCAAUCCUCCAUCAUUGGUAUUGGCACCAUCAGUGAACAACCGAUCACAUUCGAAAGCCUCCAGGAGCAUAGUAAGGUCAUUGUCGUUUUCUCUCCCUGACUUGGAAGAAGAUAUGAUGCUUGAUAUUGGAUCCAUUCCAUCCGACUGCAAAGGUUGUGAUGAAUCGAUGUUCGAUACUGACCUUUUCAGUGUUGUCAAUGAAGUACAAGAGGAGCAUGACAAAGAAUUUUGUGAUCUGCCAUCAAAUUGUUCAACUGAUAGAGAAGUAACACAAUUAGUUCUGUACCGGUGGCCAACAAUGGAAAAGGUUGAAAUGCUUUCCUCUGGGAUCCUUGAUUCUAGAUCAGUUUUCCUUUUGCUAGUUCAAGAUGUGAAAUUAGGCAACAAGAAGCCUAAAAUUUUGUAUGUGUGGGUAGGGUGUGAUGUUCCAUUUGAGGAGGGGCAAUAUCAGUUGAUCAGCAAUAAUUCUACAGAUAAACAUAGUCCUGCAUAUUGGGAGAAGGUUGCUUGCAUCUUUCUCAACCGUUUGGGCUUGCCUAUGGAUGUACCUAUUCAGUGAACAGGUAGUGACAAAUGGUGAGGCACCUGAACAACUAAUAGAUGGUAUCAGCAGUUUUUCAUUUCAGCAAAUGGAAAACUAGUACCUCAACUGAGAAUCUGAAGGACAAGGAGGCCGGUGCCAAGCACUGACAUUGGAUUUAUUAGAAAGAGUUGCUUCAGAGUCCUUCUGAAGUGAUUUGGCAUCCCAAGUGGUAUAAGCUAAUCUAACUGCUUGUGUGAUGGUUCUCAGUAUCUGAUAAAAGCAUGUACAGAAUACAAGUUCUUGUACUUUAUAGAUGUACUUUAACAGCCUUUACAAGUAGUUUUUUAACUCAGUUAGCUUUCCUGCUGUGACCAGCAUCAAAGGUGUUGAUUUUCAAUUGAAAUAAAGAUGGGAGUAAUUUGUCCAA